AUGCAUGUCCCAUGGGAUUGUUUACCACAUUUGGCCAUAUGGUCGAUUUUAAAUAUAAUAGCCAGGUUAAAGAAGUCUGCUGCUUUAGCUGAUCGUAUUAACCCAGUUCUUAUCGAUUCCCCUCAGGGUUUGGUUCACAAUUGGGCACAGCGUCCACAGGAACAGGAUAGUUCCCGAAGGAUUCGAAGCAGCUUUGGUGUCACACUGGGCGGUGUCAGGUUAGGUUUCGAAGAAACUGCAAAACUGGCGGGCCUGGCGAGUUGCGUUUCGACGGUGGUCGACGACGAAGAACAGGAGGAGCUGCGGUGCACAGGAAGCGACGUUGAGAUCGAGGAGUACACCGACACCGACGACUCGCCAUAUGUCGCUUAUCAGGUCACUGAUAAGCUGUUCGACACGGACAGGGUGGCCUGGCAAAAAUUCAGCUUCGUCGCAACCCUUCUGACCGUCGUCGUCUCCAUUACCUUUUUGAUUAUCACCUAUCCCCUUUAUCUCGAGAGCGUCAGCUACGUGUCCAACGCAUACACAGGACUUCUCUUCACUGCCUUCUGCUCUGCCUUCAUCCUGGGCAUAAUAUGUUUCAUCGCGGGAAGAGUAUCUCCACCACCCGCCCUGAUUCCAAACAGCAUGCGAAUCAAGAUUCCUCGUUGUGCUCUGCUCAAAAUCAGUCUCAUCUAUGCUCUCUCUGGCAUAGUGAUCACGCUUUGCUUGGACCAGGACAGGGUCCUCUGUCAUCUACAAGAUCCCAUAAAAGGCAUUACUCUCGUCUUUUCCCUGGUCUACUAUUUCUUCUUUUGUCGCAAAAUGAUGAGCUUGCAGAGAAUCUUCUCAAGCACUACGAUAAUUGUGGGUCUCUUCAUAAGCGUUGAUUAUGGCCUCUGUGAUCAAUUUCGGUGUAGAGGACAGGAAGUUUCGGGUCAUACCACAACUAUGAGAGGAUCUUGGGGCGUGAAGGCCAUUUGGACGUUCGUUUAUGUCGGUGCGCUAGCCGCUUUCGCUAUGUUCUUCACUUUGCUCGAGGCCCAUUAUACCACUGAGCAACAGAAUAUGUGUCAAAUAAUGGCGAGUCAACAAAACUCUUUCCUUUAUACGGUAUCAAGAUUGGUAUCGUCACGAGACAUCCGUCGACGAGGUUCUGAAGAAGAGGGAGGCAGAUUGCUCCACGUGACAGAUCCUGACCCCACCAUAAAACCAAAACAUAUUCCAAAACCUCCGAUCCUCGAAACUCUCUUCUACAUUCACUUAAUCGCGUUCUUCGCCAUUUUAUCGAUGUCCUGGAUCGACACGUUGCCAGGAAUAGGCAGAGGAUUAUCUCCAGCGGAGCUAUACCGCGUGGUGGAGCAUGGACUCACGUGUCACUUCAAAAACAGCGACAACUGCUCAAAUAUUUCUACUCGUGGCUGGAUCUUCUUAAUAGCCUAUAUCAUCUUCUCAAUUUCUGUACUGAACUUCUUGUCUAUAAGUGAGAGCGCUGUCUUCACUGUUGCUACCGCCACUGUGUCCCUUCCAUUGUCUGUAAUCUGGUGGAGCAUCUAUAAAAUGGAUGUUCACGGCCGUUUCAUCACAUGGUCUCCCGGAGUGACGGGAGAGUUAAUCUGCGCUCUGCUGGGUCUUCCUGUGGUCCUUCUAGGCCUAGGUCUUCUCGUCAGAUCGCAUUUCCGUGACACUCAGCCCUGCUACUUGACCAUGCAACCACCUGACGUACAGUGUGAAUCUUCUCAAAGAUGAACAUCUUUCAGGAAACCAUCUAGAGUCUUUGUAUUUAACUCUACAGCAUAAAGGAUCCAUAAUAAUCAUUCUACAAAUUUUUGUUUAAACGUAUAAAAAAAAAACAGAAGAAAUCGAACGUCAAUAUUUUAUAGAAAUUAAAGAUAUAGGGGUAAGAAGGAGAAAGAAGAUGCUUUGGGAGUAGCAUGUGCAAGAACACGUGUAGUGAGAGCUCUGCAAUCGACUGGGGUAGUGACUUAAUUAACUUUUUAACCGUUGUAGCCCAAAGCCCAGUUAAGCAAGCUGCCAAAUAUAUUGUAGUAGUUGAAAAUGAUACGGUGAAAUCGUAAAGUUAAUCAAUGAUUAAAACUUACAACUUUUUGUGACACAACAAGUAAUUUGUUGUGACGAAAAAGGAUCAUACGGACUUAGAGCAGUUAGGCCAGUUCUACAUCAGUUCUGAACCGAUUCUUUCUUUGCACUGUGUUUGAAAAAGUUUCUCUUUUUUUAUCUAAUUAAUUAAUCCUGUGAAAGGAUUAAUCUUAAGUUUUGUUUUCUAUCAGUAUCAUUACGUUUAUGGAUACUACAGAAACAAAUAUAGAAAACUGGCUUUACCGCCCCUGAUCGAUGGAGUGACCUCUCUUGAACUGGAGGAAAGCUUUCUGUGCACAGUUGUGAUAAAGGAGGUGGCAUGGACCCGGGGAAAGCAAUAAUAUCGACUAUCUCGUAUACGCGAAAUAAAGAAAAAGAGCGAAAGAGAAAGAGGAGGAGGAAGGAGAGAAGCGAUCAAUGUUUCCUAUGUAAUUUGCCAGCGAGAACAUCCGUCUAGUCACACAACGUUAUUGCCGAUUUAUAUUUUAUUUUGAUAACGAGAAUAUUUAAUAUUUUCGAAACAAAGAACGUUCGAAUUAUACGUGUUGAGAAUAUAUGUGAAUAGGUGUGCGUGCGUGUAUAUGUGAAUGAGUGUGUCAGAGAAAGAAACAAAAAAUACAGAAGAUAUUUUAUAAACUCAAAGUAUAAUAGUGUGUACUGGAUUGAAAGUUGCAUAUUAUUGAAAAGGAUCUGCUUAGAAGUUAGGCUUCUUUGUUAUUCAUUGCCAUGUUUAAUGAAUCUAGCAACAGAAAUUGAGAAUCUAAUAUCUUUGUUGAAAUAUCGAAGAAAAUAGAGCGGUUCAAUCUGUCUAUAAUAUUAACUCUCUAUAACUCUGACUCUAUAACUCUAUAACUGUAAACAGAAACAUACCAAUUUGGCUUCUAAUAUGUUCCCAAGUCGCCAUAUUGGGAUUAUAGCCAUUUUUUU